GGUCACGUGAUACAUACACACAAACACGGCCAUAUUGGUUUUGUGCUUCGUGUUCAGGCUGUUGAACAUUGCAAAAAAAUCAGAAUCAGAAAAAGUGUCAAGAAAAAUAAGAGAUGGCAGAUACAUUGAAGUUUGGUCCCGAAUGGCUCAGAGCCUUAUCGGAUGGAAACAGUUUGGGCACUCCUCCGCCCUCUCCAGGCUUUGGUAAAUACAAGUUGGCAGAUUAUCGUUACGGUCGAGAGGAGAUGCUAGCACUAUAUAAUCCAAACAGUAAAAUACCAGAGGAGUUGGAGGGACAGACCUACGUUCUAGUUGAAAAAACACAAGAGCCCCUUGCAUUAAUACCACACUCUGAAGAAGAGCAGAGACUUUUAUCACAGAGUGUGAACAGUAUGGCAGUUUUACGAAUGUUUGGGCGUGGAGGGCCCCCUGGGGUGAGGGGUGGUCGAGGGAUGGGUCCAGAAAGGGGUAGAGGCCGAGGUUUGGGUCGUGGGAGAGGUGAAGGUGGUUUCCUACAGAGAGGUACAUCAUAUGAGGAGACAGGUGGUGGAGGCUUUGGUCGUUCCUCAAGUCACAUCAGAACAGAUGGCUGGGAGGAAGUAGGGAGCAAACGUAAUUAUCAGAACAGGUUUGAUGAGGCUGGCGCGCCACGGCGGGAAUUCACAAGAUCAGUCAGUAGUACAGAUAAUUGGCGAGGGAGGGACGAGGAGGAAGAAGGGGAUGGAGAUUGGCGCAAAGCUGGUUCAUCUAAAUGGGGUGCUCGAGGAAACUGGAGAGACCCAAGCAACAGAGAGAGGGGAGGUUUUGAUUCUCGUCCUAAUGGAGUACAGCGAGGGGGCAGAACAUACCAGAGGAAUAGAAACAGUGAGUCCUGGGAUGAUGAAGGUGAAAACUUACCAGAAUGGAGUAUGCCCGACUCGGAUGAUGUGGAGGAACCUGGUACAUUUGAUUCUAGUGGAGCAUUUGUCUUUAAUAAGUUAAAGGGUAUGGUGAGAGGUGGUAAAGGUGAUCAUGAGGAUAUCCACGAUCGAAAGGGUGCUCCAGGCUUCAAACUCCGUGAGCCUACCAUGGGGACAGACUCCCAGCAAAAAGAUGAUUCUAAGGAGGACAAAAGUGACUCGGAAAGUGGGUUCAGUAUUCGGAAUGGGGAUGAAGAGCCGGGCACAUCUGUAAAUGAAUAUCAAGACAAAUCGCCUCAUGAUAAAACAGACAAUAAAGACAAAAGUAAACAAGGCAAAUCUAAUCCACGGACAUCGCCACAGGAAGUAGAGCGACCAAACAGUAAACCUCAAGUGUCCGACAAUUCAAGGCAGUCCAAUCUCUCAACAGUGCCCGCCUCAGUUACUAAACAGACUUCUGUUCAAAAUAAAACUGCUGAAUUAGAAUCCAGUGAUAGGUCUAGUAGUGCUCAAAAACAAAAAAGUGCUCCAUCUACUACAGAGACUAAAACCAAAUCUACAAAAAAACCUUUAUCCAAAAAAGAGGCCCAGAUGGAGCAAGAAGCUCUAGAUAGACUUAAGGAAAAAGCAGAAAAUAUGGUCCUGGAGGCGAUUGAUGUAGAGGCUGAGGAGGAAGAAGAGGAAAAUUCACAAGAAGAUGAAAGCACAAAGAAAUGGUUCUAUUUAGAUCCCCAGGGAGAUGUCCAGGGUCCCUUUGCCUCUAGUGAGAUGGCAGAAUGGUUUAGUGCUGGCUAUUUCACCAUGAACCUAAAAGUGAAGCGGGGAUGUGAUGACCGGUAUUCACCAUUAGGAGAGUUAAUUAAGAGGUGGGGUAGAGUUCCAUUUUUGCCAGGUACAGCGCCUCCUCCAUUACUCAAUUCCCCUCAGAGGCAAGCAAGUCCUGACCUGGCAGCACAGCAACAACAGGACCAGAUAAAGCUUCUACAGCAACAGUAUGUCUUACAGCAACACAUGAUGCACCAACAGAUGGUUCUCAGACACUUACAGCUGCAACAGGUAAUGACACAGUUACAGGAAAAUGAAGAAUUUAAAAACCUGCCUCCUCUACAUCAACAACAGCUGGCGACAGAGAUCCUCCUCAAACAGCCCAUAUUACCUGUGCCUGGUGUCCCAACCUCUGACCCUAAACUGUCUCCAAGGUCUCCCCCUACAGAGCGGGUGGGUGGUGAGUCACCUAGACAAAUGUCCCACACAUUUCAUCGCUCAAUGUCUCAGCCCGCUGACCUUACCAAGUCACCACCACAGGCAGAUGAUGGGUCAAUAUGGGGUGGUAUUAACCCAGCUGUUCAAGAUCUGUUAUCCCAAGGAACGGGCAGUGUGUGGGACCUUGAUCCAAAAUCUGUGAUAUCCUCAUCAGACCUGGAAGCGCAGCUAGAGAAAGCUAGAAAGGAAACUGAUGAACGCCAGAAAGAAGAGGAGGAAAAACUACGAUCAGAAUUAUUUCACAGAAAGCAAGAAGAACUUAGAUUACAAAAGGAAGAAAUACAAAGGGAGAAAGAAAUGAUGGAAAUGGAACGACAAAAAUUCAUGAAGUUAGAAGAAAUGAGACAGAAGGAAGAAGCAGAGAAACAAAUGCGAGAAGAAAAAGAGAUGCAGAGGAGAAAAGUAGAAGAGGAGAGACGACAAAUGGAAGAAAAAAUUAGACGACAAAAGGAAGAAGAACUAAGGCGAAGAAAGGAAGAAGAAAUGAGAUUACAAGAGCUACAUAGACAGCAAGCAGACUUACGGCAGCAAGAAUUACAGAGACAGGAACUGAUACGUCAACAGGAGAUACAGAGACAGCAAGAGAUAAAACGACAAGAGGAAGAGGAGAUGGAGAAACAGAAACAAUUGGAAAUACAGAAACGACAGGAGGCACAAAGACUGCAGGAAUUACAACACAAACAACAAGAGGCACUCCGCAAACUUCAACAGGAACAGAUGGCAAAGAUGCAGUUACCAUCCCAUGCCCAGUGGGCCAAUCAACAGUCAAAUGCCAUGGGGGCCAGCGGAGUGUCAAAUAAAACCCAGUCCCUUCUGGAGAUUCAGGAACAGGAAGAGAGGGAGCGCUUCGAACAAGAAUCUAUGCAAAUGCAGCAGCGCAAAGCAGAUGUACAACGACAGCAGAUGCUAACAUUACAGCAGCAACAGCAACAGAAAUCCUGGUCUAGUCAAGUUGUGCCCAGUCAGGGUAAUGGGAAGACCUUGUUGGAGAUCCAGGAAGAACAGUCCAAACAGGAGACAGAACGUAAAAAUGAACGACAGCAAACUCAACAAAGUCAGACAAAGAACCUUACACUUGGUGCUGCAAGUGUUUGGGGUGGAGUUACCUCCCCUUCACACUGGGCCAGUGAAGGGGCAUGGGGCAAUGCUGUAAGGGCACAGACAAACUCCCAACAGAACAGUGGCACCAGUAAUGGUGCAGGCUCCCUUGGCUUCUGGGACGAUGCUAUCAUCUCGUCUAAACGAGCACCUGCUGCCUCCUCCAGGAAUAGCGGUGGGCAGACAAACAAUGCUGAGUUUCCUGCCCUAAAGGGAGGUCAAAUCAAUACUGCAGCGCCUGUCAUCAACACCACCAGCAAACCAAAGCCAUCCAAGAUGAAGAAAGAAGAGGAGGCUGUCCAGAAGUUAUUUCAGGGCAACAUUCCAAAGGGGGACGAUUUUACCCAGUGGUGCGAGAGGGAGCUGAGGAAUAUGGCUACUUCAGUAGACAUCCCAACUUUCAUCUCCUUCUUGAAAGAGGUGGAUUCUCCAUAUGAGGUACAUGACUAUGUGCGCUCUUACCUGGGAGAAAACAAGGCAGCCAUUGAUUUUGCAAAACAAUUUUUGGAAAAGAGAAGCCAAAACAGAAAUAAGAGUCGCCAACAGCAGCAUCAACCGGAGGACAGUAUUUGGGGACCUGCCCCUGCCCGUGACUUUCGCCAGUCUCAGCCUUCAAACCAAGUCAACGACUUUGAAACCCAAAAAGCCAAGGGCAAGAAAAAGAAGAAGAUGACAAAGAUUGACAGCAGCAUUCUCGGUUUCACCGUCCAUGCAGACCCGGCCCGCAAAAACAUUGGUGAAAUUGACAACAUCAACAAGUGAAAGAAUUGACAGCAUUGCCUUGGUGAAUUUUAUAUAAUGUUUAACAUAUGGGGUUUGGUUGUCUGCUAUACAAUCAUAAGUUGUCACGAGUUGGACUGAAGAGAUAUAAAGACGAAGAUUGAGUUGACAGACAGGACAGGUUGACAAAGCUUGGAUGUCAAUAUGGAGUUGAUGGACAUGAUAGUUUGCAAAGCUUUGACGUCAAUCUGCUGCCGAAUGCCUCCUGUGUGAUACCCCAUAAGCUCUGAGAAUGAGCAGUGCCCAGUCGACCAUAGUGUACAACUGUCCCGUAAAGUGUACACUGAAAUGUCUGGCGAAAUAUGGCACUCCUGAAGGCUUGGUAGGCCGGGAGUUACCUCCCAUUACCAGAUAUAACGAGAGAAUUAUAAGGCUUUCUGCUUGUUAAAGAGAUGGACAAUACAAAAUCUACAUGUUGUUUCAAAGGUUAUGUCAGUUCAAUGUGCAAAAAGUCAGCAAUUUUACAACAACACAAAUGGAUAAAAAUCAUGCAGUUUCACUGAAAAUGUUGAUAAAAAUCAUGCAAUUUUAUCAGAAACUUAGAUGAAAAUCAUGCCUUUUUAAUAUGAUGCAUGUCCAGGAAUAUGGUGUAUAACGGAGAAAAAAAUCAACUGUGGAAGAUAAACAUCUAAAAAGGUUUAUUUUUAUGAUUUUGAGUUUUUGGCAUCUCAUUCUUAAUCAUUGAUCUGUUUUUAUUGAAUUUUAGAGGAAGUUUUAUAGAAAACAUUAACAUUUUAAUGUUUUCAUUGUUGUUGGAAUAUUUGAUAUAUUUGAAAUAUAAGUUCAAUACUCAUAAACAAAGCAGAUAACUAAUUACAUUGAUGCCAAUCAAGUUUUAAAUUUAUUUUUUAUACUCCAUCAUGACGGUUGGAGCUUCCUGUGAUAUGAUUUUGGCUAUAAUUGACUAAAGUCAAAAGUCAAGGUCACAUUGGUUUAGAGUAGGGACUGCAAGCGAUAAUCAACAACUAUAUUUGUAGUCUACAGAUAAUGUACAGGUGCUAUUGUUGUUAGGUUAAAUUUAAAUUUGUGUUUCACAAGUAAAGUUGUAAUGAAUGACCUUUAGUGUUGGGUGGUUAUAUUAGAGUCUGAUAAAGUAAGGAAUAAUAAGUUAUUAUAAUUAAUGUAUGGACCUUUUGAUAAAUACUGCUUUAAAAUAAUACUGAGUCCAGUAUAAAUCAUAGUGCCUAGAACUAGGUUUUUAACUCCUGAAAAGUAUACUGUGAUGAAUCUAAGGAAAAUAAGUUUUACCAUAAACUAGAUUUAUUUUCUAAAAUUUUGGUUUCGCUGAAAUUUUUACUUGAGUUUGAAUCGUUAAUAUCAAAUUGUUAUUUAAAUGUCGGUGUAGUUUGAUAAGUGUACCUCUGUAUUCUAUAAACUUUGUACACAGGCAUUUUUCGCCAAGUAUGGAUGAAUUAAAACAGGACAAAGGUAUAUUUUUUAAAUUUUAGAUUCAUAGAGUGAAAACUGAUUUUAUAGGUGGAAUGGUACUGCUUUGUAAUUUUCCUCCUGGUUCGGUACAUGUUAUAGCUACUGUCGAUUGUGAUAUGGUGGUAGGGGCUGUGGUGGCCGAGUGGUUAAGGUGUCCCGACACUUUAUCACUAGCCCUCCACCACUGGGCUGCGAGUUGGAAACCCAUGUGGGGUAGUUACCUGGUACUGACCGUAGGCAAGUGUCCAUAAAUGACCUUGGCUGUUAAUAGGACGUGAAACAAAAAUUAAAUGAAUAAUUUUUUUUUUAAAUGUGAUAUGGUCAGAUACUCUUUAAAGUAGUGAUAACAUAUCAUAUGUGGUAUAGGUCAAUUGAUCAGGCCAGAAUGUGUCUAUAUUGGUUCUGAGGUAGUAAAGUUAAUUUGAGCAAGAACUACAGACUACCACAUUUAAUGAUUAAUUUCAAUCACAGGUAUUGGUCAGUCACAAUUUAUUUUGAUGGCUUGUUAUGUACAUAUAAAUCAGUAACAGCUGGGAAAAAAAAUAUAUAAAUAUAUAUAUCAGCUGUAUCGGUGAUUUUGAUACUUCAACAGAGAUUUUUUUCCCAUGAUGCUUUGUUAGUCUGUAAUUGAAAAGCAUGUUUACUUCGCUUGAAAAACCUUCAGUAUUAGACUGGACCAGUGACCUUGAAUUAUGUACUGAACCAUAAGGAAAGUGUACCAUUUCAUGGUUAUUUUUACGAGUCUUGCCAUUCUGUUUCCUGAUUUUCUUUUAAUCGUCUGAAAAUUCCCUAUAAUGAAUAUGACAAAAAUUGAAGAUUAAUAUAUUUUCUAUGAAGGUCGGACUGGAAACUCUUUAACCUUUAGUAUUUGAAAACAGCAUGGUUGACAAUGACUGUAAGCAACUUUGAUCAUGUGCCAACAAUCAAUAUCUGUGCACAAUUUCACUUUAUUUUCAAAUAACUGUUUUUGACUAGCUUUAAAGUCUGUAUUACAUGGGUAAGCUAUUUCAGAUAACUGUUUUUGACUAGCUUUAAAGCCUGUAUUACAUAGACAAGCUAUUUCAGAUAACUAUUUUUGACUAGCUUUAAAGUUUGUAUUACAUGGGUAAGCUUCUUCAGAUCAAGGCAUCUCUGCCAGCUAGGUAUUUCAGUUUUCAAUCACUGCCGAUCACCAGGUCUCAACACCGAUCUGACCAUCACAUCUAUUAAUUGGUAGCUGGUUAAUUGGCACGUAAACAAACACUAAUCCAAGUUGGUAGUAUCCUUUCUUCAUCAAAGUAACAAAAUCAAUAUUUUUUUUUUUUUUUAAAUUUUUGUCAAUUUUAUCAACAUUCAGGUCAACUUUAUAUAUCACAAGAUUUUCAAGUCAAGAACAGAAUCAGGUAGGGGGCUUAAUACCAAAUGUAGGCCUGGUUCUGGAAAACUUCAUAGAAAGGGGAGGGGCUUAUGGCCAGGCAGGGCUUUUUGUAGGUCAAGUACAUUAUGACUAAACUUUAUUUUGAUGUUAACAACAGCCUCAAUAAUGUGCCAUGUCAAAUCCAUGUUACCAACACAAUCAGUAUUAAAACUUGUAUAUGAAUGUGGGUUGAGGAGAUAUUACACUGUUUGUAUCAAAGUGGUAGGUGUCUUGAAUAGGAAAUUGUACAAUACAUUACACUGAUGGUUCAAAGAUAUUGUCACAAUUAUGUUGUAUCUAGAAUCAAAUAUUAAUCUUAAUUGUUUGAUAUAUCAUUUGUUGCUAUUAAUACUAGUCUGAAUGAUUCUGAACAUCUAUCUGCUUUAACAGAUGAUCAUCCACUUCCUACAGUAUAUUAAAGUGGUUGGAUGGUCCAAAUCAUUCGGACUAUAUAAAUACAAUCGAUUCAUACCCAACUUUACUUUAAAUCUGAAUUCAACAGACAGAGUUUUAAUAUUGAGUUACAGCUUCCUUCUCAUUCAGACUAUAUAAAUACAGUCGAUUCAUACCCAACUUUACUUUAAAUCUGAAUUCAAUAGACCGAGUUUUAAUAUUAAGUUACAGCUUCCAUCUCAUUCAGACUAUAUAAAUACAGUCGAUUCAUACCCAACUUUACUUUAAAUCUGAAUUCAAUAGACCGAGUUUUAAUAUUAAGUUACAGCUUCCAUCUCAUUCAGACUAUAUAAAUACAGUCGAUUCAUACCCAACUUUACUUUAAAUCUGAAUUCAACAGACAGAGUUUUAAUAUUGAGUUACAGCUUCCAUCUCAUUCAGACUAUAUAAAUACAGUCGAUUUUUACUUUAAAUCUGAAUUCAACAGACAGAGUUUUAAUAUUGAGUUACAGCUCCAUUCUCAUUCAGACUAUAUAAAUACAGUCAAUUUUUACUUUAAAUCUGAAUUCAACAGACAGAGUUUUAAUAUUGAGUUAAGCUUCCUUAUUCAGUAUAUAACGGUCAGUUAUAAUGAUACUGGUAUGUAAGUUUUAAAGUCCCCAACAAAAGGCUGGCAAAAUGGCAUCCGGUCCUUCUGGCCUAAUUUCAAACAGACAGACAUGGUUAACUCCUUAUCUUAAUUUGAUAAAUCCUGUUUUUAUUUGAAGAUCAAUAUUUUAAGCGAUUCAGUGAUACUACGUGUACUACAUGUGUAAGUCUAUAAGUAGGCCGCGAGUCCUAUACUCGUUUAUUUUAUCAUAGGACUUGUUAAAUUGUUGUUAAAGGUUCCUGAAAAUCUAACUGUAGAAUGACAGUACAUACCACUUAAGACAAAAAAUACCGAUUCUAUUGUUAAGUAUAGUGAUAAUCGCUACGGGUGAAGAUUACGAUGUAAAGAUGUCAAAUGGGUGGAAAAAGAAAGUUGUUUGUGUAUAGCAAACAUAUAUCUUGUUUUUUUCUGUGAAAGAUGAAAAAAAAAUGAGAAAACAAAUAAAAAAUUCAUAAAAUA